UCAUCUUGGUGGGUUUUAAUUUUAUUUUGUUUUGCUUUGUUUUGUUGUUGAGGUAGUGGUGGUGGUGGUGUGUGUGUCUGUAUCUGUGUGAAUUGAAUUCAGAACCCUAUGCCCUAAUCUUUUUUCAUUUUAAGGUGGAGGUCUCCCUGUGUACCUUAGGCUAGAGUUAAAAUCACAGAUAUCCCCCUGUCUCAGCUCCCCACGAGCUGGGAAUGAUGGGUGGCAACAGUCAUGCCUUAAUUUCCAUUUUUCUUCAUCACUUUCCAGCAAGGCCCCUGCUCCUGUUUCUCCCCAUUUCUGGGCAAAUCCCCUGAAUCCCCCAGAGACUCUGGGUUCUCUUGGUGCUGAAGAUGGGGGUGUGGCCUGGAAUUCCCGGGGACACCAGCUUGUCCUGGGGGUUUCCUUGGGUGUCCUGAACACUUCAGAAUGUUCCUGGGGCUAGGGACUACCUGGGGGUAGCAGCUGCUCCCUAUUGUCUGGGACCUGACACAGUUUUGGGAAGAUGUAGCUGGUAAGAGGGCCACCACCCUGCACUGGGACCAAUCUCUGGGCCAGUGUCCCCUGUCUCUUUCGGUCCCUCUUUCUCUGCCUCUCUCCUUGCCUCUUAGUCUCUGUUUCUCUGUGUUUCUCCCGCUCCCCUCCGCUACCAGCACAUACGCAUCUGCCCUCUCCCUCACCCACCUUCCCCGGGCUUCCCCAUCAGCAGGAAGUAAGGCCACCCAGUGACUUCUCCCUUUUGGGGCCCUCUCCCUGCCCCCACCUCAAGGCCUUUCACACUCACACUUGGGGCAGUUGGUGACAGAAUCUGGACUGUCACCAUCACCGCAGUGUCCUGCUCCGCUCCACACACUGGGCGACUGAGCUGCGCUGGGCAGAUCCUCACCAGGACAAGGCUUCCAGGACAGGAACGAUCCUUUGUCCCUUCCCCGGCGACUCUGGAGAAUAGAACCACACAGGCAUGUCCCGGCGGCUCCUCCUGUCACUUGCCCUCUGGGCUAGCUGCUCCCCUGGCAGUGCAGGGACAGCUGCUCUGAGCCAGCCCAUGGUGCGAUGCCACGCCUCUCGGUACCCUGUGGCCGUGGACUGUUCCUGGACGCCGUUGCGGGCUCCCAACUCCACCAGACCCACGUCCUUCAUCGCCACUUACAGGCUCGGUGUGGCCACCCAGCAGCAAAGCCAGCCCUGCCUACAGUCCACCCCCGAGGCUACGUGCUGCACCAUCCCCCACGUGCACCUGUUCUCCACGGUGCCCUACGUGUUAAAUGUCACUGCGCUUCAUCCCAGCGGUGCCAGCAGCAGCCUUCUGGCCUUCGUGGCUGAGCGGAUCAUUAAGCCCGACCCCCCGGAAGGCGUGCGUCUGCGCCAAGCGGGGCAGCUGCUGCAGGUGCUCUGGCAUCCCCCUGCCUCCUGGCCCUUCCCGAACAUCUUCUCUCUCAAGUACCGCAUCCGCUACCGGCGCCACGGCGCCUCUCACUUCCGCCAGGUGGGACCCAUUGAAGCCACGACCUUCACCUUCAGGGCCGCGAAGUCCCACGCCAAGUACUGUGUCCAGGUGUCAGCCCAGGAUCUCACGGACUAUGGGAAACCAAGUGACUGGAGCCUCCCUGGGCAAGCAGAGAGUCCUUGAAGAGGGACUAGGUCUUUGAUAGCAGACCCUAAUGUCGUCUACUUCAAAGUGUCUGGGUUCAAGUACUGACUUUGCACGUGCCGAGAUCCUCGGCGCGUUGACUUGACCUCUCCGGACAUCAAUUUCCAAAUCUGUGGGAAUGUUAUUCCUCCUUCCAUCAGUUCUGUACUUUGUAAACUGUAAAUGUGAUUUGAUUAGAUAUUUUGAUUAAAUAAGAAUUAUUAGCCUGGCAAUAGUGGCGCACGCCUUUAAUCCAAGCACUUGGAAGGCAGAGGCAGGUGGAUCAAUAUGAGUUCGAGGCCAAUCUGGUCUAUAGAGCAAGUUCCGGACAGCCAGGGCUACACAGAGAAACCCUGUCUCGAAAAACCCCAAAACGAAACAAAAUUAUUAUUAUUAUUAUUAUUAUUAUUAUUAUUAUUAGGAAUGGAGGAGUUCAAGACAGGACUUCUUCGUGUAGCCUCCCGAGGGCUGAGG